UUUUGGACAUCCUUUCCAUAUGCAGAGUCUCAGAAUUAACUCGUUAGGCUUUAAUGAACUCAUUAGACCUUGUUGACCAGGUCAGGAGCAACAAUUCCAGACAGAAGUGAAUACAUAUUCUGCCUCUUCAACAUCCAUGGGUUUCUCCAAGCAGCUGACUGAGGAUCUGAAAGUAAAUCUGAUUGAGGAAGACACCGCUUAUACAUUACAGCACUGGGAAAUCCUUUUGUUGUUUGUAAGGGGGUUUGGGGUCAGAACGCCGGGUCGACUGUCAUACAGUUUCCACUGACUGAAAUGUCAAAGAAUUUGCUGUUUGGUGGAACUGUAGAAGUCAAGGGCAAGAUCUGGACAUGCCCAUAUGCUGGCCAGAAAGGAAGAAAAACCAGCGUAUGAUCCUGCAGGAAAUGAGGUUUACUGUGCACUAAUAAGGUCUGCAUGGAAGAGUCAUCAGAAGGACGGGUAUUUUUGGAAACAAUGUACCUUGGAUUAAUGAAGUAGGAAUGAAAUCUUAUGGCCACAAAAAAUGUGGUGAAGCUAUUAGGCUUCUGGUUUAUUGAGAGGGCAGUUAGAGGAACAGGAAGUAUUGUUAUACAGGUAGCUGGAUGAGUGACAUGCUUAGACUGCGGCCAUGGAAACCAUUUUUGGGAAUGACUCAUGAUGGCAUAUAACUGCUGGACAUGUUAUAAAAGGUGAUUAACAUUUUCAGUGGUUUAAUAUCGCAUAAAUGUUUUCCAUUCUUUCCUUCCUCUCUUAUUCUUUCUCUCUCUUUCUCCUUUUCACUUUCCUUCCUCUUUCAUUCUUUGUCUCUAUAUCUUCUUUUCCCAUCCCGAUACUCCUCUUUGCAUAUGUUUUCCUCCUCCCUUUUUCCUGUGACAGGAGGAUUUAUUCUCCACUGCACCAGUGCUCUCUCUGAAACCCUCGCAUUUAGAGUAGAACAGCAUCAUGUGCUCUUUCUGCUUCUCUCACCCUCCCUUUAUCCCUCCAUCCCUUCCUCCCUCCCUCCCUCCCUCGUCCUUAUCACCCCUCCCUCAGUACGUGUUGAAGGAACAUCGCUUGCUAUUGGUGUUGGCCUGCUGUUAAUGUCGUGCAUCAUUGCUACCAUAACCCCACAGGGAGGAGGAGAGAAUCUUUUUUCCCCCUGUUUCACUCCCUCACUUGCCAAUAAUGCGGCGCUCGGUAAUUGAAUUUUGAUGUGUUUUUUUUGCUUCCUGCUGAAGGACAGAGUGUCACAGACGACCAGCCUGAGGAGAAGUGAGCUUUGCUUCAUCAGCAGUCAUGCAGCCCCAUGCGGCGGAGGUGGCACGUCUCUACCAGACCGAGUUCAUCCGGAGCGCACGGGCUAUGGGUGUCCUGUGGGCCAUCUGUACGCUCUGCUUCGCCGUCAUCGAGGUGGUCAUCCUGGUUCAGCCGUCCUGGGUGGGGACGCGUGAGCUCCGUUAUCCGGCCAGCAGAGUCGGGGGUAAGCCGCCUCCUCAGGCUGGUACGCUGGGCCUGUUCGAGGUGUGUGUGGAGGCAGACUGGCCGGUUCCAGAGUGCACAGGCUCUCUACGUACACUGACCCCUAUUCCAGCCUUCCAGUCUCCGGCUGUGCUGGUGUGCAUCUCCCUCACCAUGGUGUGGGUCAGCGUGGGCUGCUUGUGUCUGUUUCGCUUCUGCAACGCCGCAACCGUGUACAAAAUCUGCGCCUGGCUACAGCUCACUGCUGGUUUCUGUCUGGCCCUGGGCUGCGUGCUCUUCCCUGAUUCGUGGGAGUGUGCUGAGAUGCGUGCGCUGUGUGGAGACAGUGUAGAGAGUUUCUCUCCGGGGAACUGCUCCGUGCACUGGGCCUACAUACUGGCCAUGCUGGGAGUGCUGGACGCUGGCAUCCUCGCCACACUCGCCUUCGUCCUGGGCAACCGUCAGGACGCACUGCUCCCAGAUGAUGCCAAGGACGGUGACGUGACUGGGUUGUUACUGGAAGCAUAGCUGAUGAUGGAGAUACCACAGCCAUCUUCUUUAAUCUUGCUUCAUUAGACUCCUUUCAUCUGGGGCCGAUCCCUCUGUCCUCAUCGUACGCUGGAGAAAAACAGACAAGCUCACUUCCUCCUCCCCCACAGCAUGACAUCAUCACCCUGACGCUUACAUAAAAACUCUGCAUAGAAACUAGAGACUGUCGCCUGGCAACCGUACCCGACGACUACUCCAGCUGUAGGUGGAGGCGCAGAAAUACAAGGACACUUGUGAUCCGUUCUUGGUCGUCUCCUGAUAAGCAAACGGGUGACAUCGUAGAUAUAAAUGGUUAUUAUUUUUCCUUCUUCUGUUAAUUCAUCACAUUGUCCAGUUUCGAGACCAUCACAUGUAUUCUGUCCUUCUUCGGUGUGAAGUGUGAUGUAUUUAUUUAAGAACUCAUAUAGAACAGACCAAGCAAUACCAUUAAUAAGGCCUUAAUUGAAAAAAUGCAUAACUCUGGAUAAGGUUUUGAUUAAAAUAUGUUUUAAUUUUUUUUUGUUAAUCUGAAACUUAAAUGAAUAAAUAUAGUUUUGUGUUUUAA